AUGAAGGCAAGUCCGGUGCUGCUGCUCCUGCUGCUGACGCUGGUCUCGGUCGUGGGCCAGCGCGACGCCUUUGACGCUGCCGACGAGGACCACGAUGGUGUGCUCCAGAGGCGCGAGUUCGACAAGUGGUCGGCGCGCGUCCGUGACGCCAUCGACCCGCUACUGGCGCCCGGCAGUGGCGUCAAGCCGGUCGCUGCCAGCAACCCCGACCGCAACGACGACGCCAACAACACGGGCCUCAAGCGCGUCAAGAACAAGGUCAACAAGUUCUGGUCGGGCUUUAUGAGUGGCAUCAUCACGAUCUGGGCGACCGAAGUUGGCGACAAGACCUUCUUCAUCGCUGCGAUUCUCUCCAUGAAGCACGAUCGUAUCGUUGUCUUUGCCGGCGCGAUCGGCGCGCUCAUUGUGAUGACGGUGCUCUCGGUCGUCCUUGGCGGCGUCGCCGCCUUCUUCCUGCCCCCGCGCCUCACACACUACGCUGGCGCCUUCUUGGCCAUCGUUCGCUUCGGUCCAUCGGAAGAGCUCACCGAGGUCGAGGAAGAGCUCGAGGGCAAGAAGAAUGCCGAGGACGUCGAGUCGGUUGAAGGCGGCGCGCCCAUCGGUCCGUCGUCGGGUACAAUGAAGGUCUUCUCGCAAGCCUUCUUCCUCACCUUCCUCGCCGAGUGGGGUGACCGGUCCCAGAUUGCCACGAUUACGCUUGCGGCCGCGAACGAUGCGUUUGGCGUGACGUUGGGUGCGAUCCUCGGCCACUCGAUGUGCACGGGCCUCGCCGUCGUCGGCGGCAAGCUCCUCGCGUCGCGCAUCUCGGAGAAGACGGUGACCGUCGUCGGCGGCGUCCUCUUUCUUCUCUUCGCCCUGCACUCGCUCGUCUUUGGCCCCGAAGAGUAG